AGAGAGCGAGAGGGAGAGAGAGUGUGUGUGUGUGUGUGUAUUCUCCCUCCCUCCACCUCUGCCUGGCUGUCAGCUCUCUUCGACCACGUAGCAGCUUCCUGGCAGCGGCAGCCGCUUGUCUCUUCUCCCUCUCUCUCUCUCUCUCUCUCUCUCUCUCUCUCUCUCUCUCACACACACACACACACACGCACCAGCAGCAGCUCAUGUAGAACCACGUAGCACCGGCUUUGGGAUUCUAACCAUCGACAGCAGCGGCCGAAGCGGCGAUGGACCUCUUUGAAUUAGACUUUUUCAGGGACUGGGAGCUGGAGCAGCCGUGCCAUCUUGAGUCGGAGCGCAGUGCUCUGAAGAGGAGAGAGUGGGAGAGGAGGAACCAGGAGGUCCAGCAAGAUGAAGACUUGUUCUCAACCGGAUUUAACCUCUUUGGAGAACCGUAUAAAACUAAUAAGGGCGAUGCAUUGGCCAACCGAGUCCAGAACACCCUGGGCUCCUAUGAAGAAAUGAAAGACCUGCUAACCAGCCACUCCAACCAGAGCCACUUGGUGGGAAUCCCCAAAGGCAGCGCUACGAGCAACAACCAGCAGCAAGCGGCGGGCUCCUCCGCCGCCGACAGAUCGGCCACAGAGUCCCAGCUGUUCAACGAGGCCUGGAGAGGAGCAGCAGGCGGUGGAGGAGGAGGAGGAGCAGAGGGAAGCGGGGAAAAGAGGACGGGAAGCGGCGCGCUGUCGUCAGCCUCCAUGCAGCCGCCCGCCGUCGUCACGUCGUUAUCGAACGCGCCGGCGGCCCCGCACCAGAACGUGAAGAAGUCGAGGAACACCAUGGAGUGGUCGAAGGGAGGUCAAGUGACCGGCCUGGUGGUAGGGUCAGGGGCGCCGGGACAAAACGGACAGGGGCAGGUCCCUGCGGCCGCGGCGGCCAGCCGGGGCAAGAUGGGUCUUUUAGAGGAGCAGCAGCUGCAAAGGCACGAAGAGCUGUUCAGCUCUCUCAAAGAUGAACUGGGUCUGAAAGAGGAAUCAAGCCCUUCUUCCUCGUCUUCAUCCUCUUCCUCGUCCUCUUCCAGAAGGCAUUCGUCCAAAAGCCAUUCCCUACCAGAUGGCGGCAACUUUCGGUCCUCCACUGUAGACGGUUGCCACUUUAAGUCUUCCUCCAGCGUGGAAAAUGUCGGAUCUUUCAAAACCUCCCCGUUCGAAAAUGAAACAACUUCUCACCUUUCCUUGUCCUCCUCCCCGCUGGCUUCCACCUCUGUUCUGACCACCCCCACGCCCGGUCUGACCACCCCCACGUCUGGUCUGACCACGCCCACUUUCCCACCCGGCUGCCUCUCGGGGAAGCCGAUCGCUAUCCAGCAGAAGCCCACGGCGUACGUUCGACCAAUGGACGGCCAGGACCAGGCGCCGAGUGACUCCCCGCAGCUUAAGCCCCCUCCGGUGGCAACAGAGGGGUUUAGCAGCAGCCAAUCUUUUGGAGGAACGUCUGGAAACGCGAAGAACAAGCUGCCAAAACUGAACCUCAGCCACACGGGAGAGGUCAGUCUGCCAAACGACUCCAGCUGCGUUGAAGAGAUUUUGCGGGAGAUGACCCAUUCAUGGCCUCCUCCGCUCACGGCCAUACACACACCCGGGAAAGCCGACCAGACCAAGUUCCCCAUCCCAAACAAGGAGACCCAGCAUGUGACCUCAGCCUACAACAUCCAGAAGAGAUGUACGGUGUCGGCUAACAAACCCGCUGCUAAACCGUCCGCCGCACCGCAGAAGUCGAUGCUGGAGGACGACCUGAAGAUCAGCAGUGAUGAAGAAGAAGCUGAACAACAGGUGUCUGACAACACCAAAGCCAGAAGCGCAGCGCUGAGCGGUGCGUCAGGGAGCAGCAGCGAAUCGGAGAGCAGCUCCGAGUCUGACACGGACGAGUCGGAAAGCAGCUCCAGUGACAGCGACUACAACCAGGCUUCCCGUACAAACAGUCCAGAGCCAGAGCCCCCUUCCACUAACAAGUGGCAACUGGACAGCUGGCUGAACAAAGUCCAGGCUCAGACCAAACCGCUGGUCCCUGCACAGCAGGAGCAUCAUGGCGCAGGCUCCAUCAGCCAGGAUCCGCAAACAUUUUCUCCCAGGAAUGAAGCACCAGGAGUGGGCACCGCUGCCAAGACCAAGCCCUGUGGGUCCAGCAGCACACCUGUUUCCGCUGCUCCCGCGGCGGAGCACAAAGACAGCAGGACCGGCUUCUGCCCGGGCAGGGAGAAGGCCAAAGCCAAGCUGGGCCAGAAGGCCUCAGGGGAGGGUCAGAGGUCGAAGAUGAGGCUGUCGCCAGGCCUGUUGUCGGGGCAGGAGGUCCAGGCCCCGAGGAGGAACACCACCGGGAAGAAGCAGCCGCACCGGGCCGAGAGGUCCAGCAGCGUGGAGGAGAACCAGAACCAGGCAUGGAGCCGGACCAACCAGCACAGCCCUGCGGCGAGAGAGAAGGACCUGUUGCCGCCUCUCCUGGAGCACCAGAACCCCCCCAGGCUGCGGGGGAAGCCUCUCAGCGGGAAGACGGCCCCGAGGAAAGAGCCUCGCAGCGCCACCAGCUCAGCCACUCCACCAGCAGCGCUGCAGCAGACCCCCGCACCUCUUCCUGCUGUCACUGUGAACCAGGAUAAGAGGAAACACAGAGGUCCCAGCACCAAAAUCACACCGAAGUCCAGGGAAUUCAUCGAAACGGAUUCCUCCUCCUCCUCGUCGGAAUGCCAGUCGGACGGCGAGGAAGCCACCAAGAUCCCGUCUCUGCCAGCCCAGACGACGCGCUCGGCCAUCAGCGCCCAUAUGCUGGUCAACGCGCACAACCACGCGCCUCUGCUCCCGUGCCUCGGCUCUGCCACAGGGGCGGGAAGUCUGGGCACGUUCGCCGGAACUGGACUCCGAGUCAAAGACGGCGUCGGCGUAGUCGGCAACGGCAACCUGCUGAGCAUCAGCAACAUAGGUGCUUCCUUUGGGAACUCGGUUCCAGAUCCUGGAGGGUCCGGAGGGCAGGGGAAGGAUGCGGAGCCCGCGUCACCGCCGUCAAACUCGGGACACGACGUGGCUCUGUCCCCUCUGAGGGAAUAUCACGAGGUUCAGAGUUUGUGGGUGAAAAUCGACUUGAGCUUCCUCAGCAGGGUGCCGGGGCAGACGGCGGGGGAAAGAGCCAGGAUCAGAGUUGUAGACCGGGAAGGGAACGCGGGGAGGGACAGAGAGAGGCAGAAGCUGACGAAAGGGGAGAGACAAGAAGAAGAAAAUGAGCAUUUAGUGAAGGACAAAGAAAGGCAAGGAGACCGGGAGAGACAGACUGACAGAGAGGACAGGGAGAGGUUUGGAUUUGGGGAAAGGGAGAGGACUGUGGCGAGGGACCGAGAGAAGAUUAGUCAGGGCAUGGGGGUACUAGAUAACCCCCCUGGGCAGGAGCAGGGUAAUCCCAGGCUGGCUGGGAGGACGGAGAGACUGGAGAGCGGAGGUAAACACAGAAGGCUGGCGGCCGCAAACAUGGUGGCUCCCACAGAAAAACACACCAGCAAGAGCAAGAGGAAACACAAGUUGGACCACGGAGAAUCAUCGGUCAAGUGUAAUCAGAAGCUGCGCCUGGACAAAGACUGCCUGCUCCUCCCACCAUGCAUCUCUCCAAUACACAACCACAAGAGCGGCUCUGCAGACGGCUCUCUGAACAGGAAGCAGACCCGGCGGCGUGACGACAAGCUGCUGCCCCCGCUGCUGUCGCCGCUGUCCGAUGAGCCCCCCCGCAAGCGGGCCUGCGACGGCGGCCCCUUCCUCGCCGAGGAGGCCGGUGCGGUGGGGAUGCUGCCCUGCUCGGCGUCCUCUGCCGCCGCCUCGUCGCACAGACACCAACGGGGCGAAGGGAAGGCGACGGCACACGCUAGAAACGGCGGGGACAUGGACUCCCACUGCGAUAAACCUGGCGGAGAUGGUUACCAUGCCAACGGCCACUCGGACGCCGAGGUGUGGUCCGAGGCGAUGAUGGACCAGUCCGAACCGCGAAGGCCGAGACUGUCGUUCACCGACACAGUCCACAGUGCAGAGUACUACAUGCAGGAAGCAAAGAGGCUGAAGCACAAGGCCGACGCUUUGACGGACAAAUUUGGGAAAGCAGUGAACUACGCAGACGGCGCCCUCUCCUUCAUAGAGUGCGGGAACGCCAUGGAGCGAGAUCCGCUGGAGGCCAAGUCGCCGUACACCAUGUACUCAGAGACGGUGGAGCUCAUCAGGUACGCCAUGAGGUUGAAGAACUUCACCAGCCACUCGGCCACCGUCUUGGAGAAGAGACUAGCUGUUCUGUGCAACCGCUGUCUGUCUCUGCUGUAUCUGAGGAUGUUCCACCUGAAGAAAGACCACGCUGUCAAGUACUCGCGCUCGCUCAUGGACUACUUCAAGAAUUCGGCGAAGAGUUCCCAUCAGGCCCCGUCUCCUUGGAGGAGCAACGGAAAAGUCAACGGGACGCCGUCGCCUCUCUCACUCAGCCCGUCUCCUGCCGGCAGCGGAGGAGCAACAGCAACAGGAGGGGGAGGGGCAUCGGGGUCGUCCAGUAGCGUGGCGAUCCCCCAGCGGAUCCACCACAUGGCCGCCAGCCACGUCAACAUCACCAACAACAUCCUGAGGAGCUAUGAGCAAUGGGAGACGGCCGACAGGCUGGCCGCCGACAGCAGAGACUUCUUCCAGGACUUGGACUCGGCGAUGGGGGGGGCUCUGAGCCAGCAGAGCAGCAUGGUGGAGCUGGUGCGCUACAUCAGGCAAGGACUGCACUGGCUGCGCUCUGAGGCGCAGCUGCUCUAGAGACUGGAGCAAAGCAGCGGGAACUAGAGCCGACAUGAGACCCAUCCCACUGCAACCCCCUCAAACCACACACACACACACACACACACACACACACACACACAGAGAGCGAGGAUGAUAACUGGGCCCAAAUUCCACCGCAGUGAUCCAGGUGAAACACCCGAUGAGACGCAGAACACGCCCAAACCCUCUGUUAAGAUAACCAACAGAAAGAAGCUAAAAGUUAUUAUUUUUUUUGAAGACGGUUCAUUUUCUAGAAGAUAAGUGAGCGUCUGAUGUGAUUAAGGCAGCUAAAUGUGGCAGAGAGCUGAGCAGAGGAGCAGCAAGGCGUCAGUGAUUGGGUCUGGAUCUAAAGCCUCAGGCUGAUAUCGAUCCGGCUGGAGGAGAAGCCGUCCAAUCUAUCAGAUAAGGACCACAGUGGUGAGGGGAAAGAGGCCAACCUAUGACCCCCACACACUCCCUGAGCCAGAAUCAAAGCAGGCCCGACUCAGUACCUCGACUGGAGCCGAAACCUGCCGCCGUUGAGUCCAGACGGUUCUGAUUGGAUUUGUAUUACAAUGGUGUUAAACACAGAUAUUCUUAAUAUUUAAAGUGAAAAAUCCCACUGAUUCCAAAGGACAUAUUUAGCACUUACAGGACAUGUGUCAAACCCGUGGCCUGAGGGCCACAUCCGGUCCACUGUAGUCUUUUAUGUGGCCCUCUAGACUCCAGAGGGACGCGUGAUCACAACCUUUAACAUAAUCUUCUCAAAUACUCAUCAGUCGAAUCAUCAAAGCAGUUUUUCUGGAUACUGCGAAAUUACAUCAAUCAGUCCCUCCAGCUUUUUGCAAUGCCAUAAAAAUUCACAAAAAAUUGUGAAGUUUAUUACAAAUUUUACCCAAAACGUUGAAAAACUUUACGCUUAAGAGACUAACUCCCAGCUGCAGGUAGCAGUAUGUCUUACUUUUACUACACUGCUGCCUCAGAUUUACUUGAUGUCAAGUUACAGGCCAUAUGGCGAAUAAAGAAAAUAAAAACCAUCAGAUAUAAACUCAAAUAUUUCUAAAUUAGCUCAGAUUUUGGUAGCAAAAAAAAGUCCUGGAUGGACUGAUCAGAGAGAAAAGGUGUUCAAUAUGCUUACAUUUCAAGAAGAACUUAUUGAACACAGAGACAGCUGUUAAUUAAUAUUUUAACAAUUAACGGGUAUCAUCAAUACAUUCUGGCAUGGUUCUUUGAGAACAUUCAUAAUCUUGAUGCUCUCCAAAAUGAAAAUGAGUUUGACCUCCCUGAUGACGGUAUGAAGUUGACAAAUCGUAGUAACAUCCGAAAAGGAAGGAAGGAAGUGACACUGUCUUUUUAAUUAAAGCUGCUAGCCUAAUGCAGCAACAUCUCAGUUUGCUUUGCCUUUUUUUUUUUUUUUUUUACGUAUUUUAAGUAAAAUAAAAGUCUGGGUUAAUCCGAUGACAUCACGUCAGGCACAGAGCAACUUACCGGUUUUCACGUUUUUUUAUUGCUAUUCUUUCUUAUUCUGACGUUUUUAAAACAUUCAUCUGUGUUUUUAUUUCUGUUUAAGUUCAAAUGAUUCUCAUCUUCUUCUUAGUUUGCUUCAGUUUGUAUCCAUAAAAUUUAGCAAAUUAGAAUUACGAAAAUAAAUUAGCUUAAUGGAAACACGCCGACUUCUAAAAACUCUCGUUUUUCA